GCAGAAGUGAAACUUCGUGAUGAUCAAUAUACCCUUGACCACAUGUGUGCUUUUGGCAUGUAUAAUUAUCUUCACCUUGAUUCCUGGUACCAGGAUAGUGUCUACUACGUUGAUCAGUUUGGAAGGGUUAUGAAUCUGUCAGUGACUCUGGACACUGCUCUCCAAAAACCAAGAGAAGUUUUCAGGCUGCCUACCGACUUGACAGCUUAUGAUAAUCGCCUUUGUGCCUCAAUACACUUCUCAUCUGCCACAUGGGUUACCCUUUCUGAUGGUACAGGAAGACUGUAUUUAAUUAAAUCAGGCAAGCGUGGAAACAGUGCAUCUGAAAAGUGGGAGAUUGUGUUUAAUGAAGAACUAGGAAGUGCAUUUAUUAUAGCACACAGUGUUUCAUUUGUAAAAUCUGAUACGCAUUCAGUAGCUGUGCUGCUGCUUAGGGUAGAAAAAGAUGAAUUGGACACAAAAGGAAGUGGAUUUCAUAUUACCUUGGAAUGGGUUACAAUUACAGAGAUAAGCAAAGAGGGUGAUCAUAGAUAUGAAAUCUUUAAAAGGAGAGUUUUACAAGGAAAAUCAGUCCCCCAUUAUGCAGCAAUAGAGCCGAGUGGGGAUGGUCUAAUGAUUGUUUCCUACAAACCAUUCAAAUUUAUGCAAGAUGAAGACAACAAAUUAGAAGAAAAUGACAAUGCCAAAGCAACAGAUGAAAAGAAAGACCCUCUGUAUUACUGGCAGCAGACUGAAGACGAUGUGACAAUAACAGUUCACAUUCCUCAAGACAUCACUAAGGAUGACAUAAAAGUACGCUUUUCCCCUGAUAACAUAUGUGUUACACUGAAAGACCAGCCUCCUUUGAUGGAAGGAAAACUCUAUUCAUCUGUGGACCAUGAAAGCUGCACGUGGAUAAUUAAAGAGAACAAAAGGUGUU